UCGGAGUUCGUUUCAGUUCACCCCUUCUACGGAUUUCAUUCGGUCUCCACAACAUGUCUGACCCACGAGGCAAUAACGGGAAGGGCCUUGCGGAGUCCUCCUCGGCAACGGGGAAAAGGGCGGAGGGUAGUAGAAAAGGUCACAACACGAAGACCUUUGACUCCCCUUUCAAGGUGGAUCCAAAGGCGGAUGGAAAACGAGAUGAUCCUGUUUGGCAUUUCGUUGCUCGUGGUCAAUAUUUAGAUGGAUCCACUGCGGUCGGGAGAAAGAACGGUCGCCGUUGUUUGUGCAGGUUAUGCGGUCGUUCUCUAUGUGGGGGUGCUCGUGAUGCGAAGGAACACUUUUUUCGUGGCGAGGGGUAUAGAUGCCCCGUGACGACUCCGGCGGUGUGGCACGCGAUUUGGUCAAAGGAUAUAUCCAAGUAUCCUACACAUUUGGCUUCUGCCGUGCAGGCCUUGCAGAGUCUCCCUCUAGGUCAUCCCUCUUUUCAAUGGCCACCUCUUCGUUUUCCCGAGGACACCGUUCCGCCGCCCCCGUCGACCGCCGCCCCCUCGCAAGUGGAGCCAUCUCCAUGUGCACCACUUGCUCCCCUCCCCCCUCGUCCGGCGGCAGUCUCACCUGUGCCGCUUCGUCAAACGAUUCCCGCAGUCGUUGAUGGCAGGCCAUCUGUGGCAGCGCAGCGUGAUGCGCAAGGCACCGUGCCAGUUUCGGGUGUCGGGGAACCAGUACCGUUCGACGAGCAAGGCACUCGUGCUUUUGUCGAGGGCGAUGGGUGGGGGAAGGGCGCUGGCACAUCAUCCGGCCUCGCCCCAUUGUUCACUGGUAACAGGGACAAGGUCCCAAGAGUUCGACGCGCAGGCACACGUCCGGCCGUGGCAGGAGCACCCGCAACAGGACAUCAAUCCGCUGCGUAUUCAUGGUUGCCUCCCCCUCCUUCGCAAACACGACGGCCUACACCAGACUCGACUUCGGCACCAGUUGGCGAGGCCGCUGCAAUGGCCCCCGAGGGUGCGGGAAACGUCCAGCUCGACGAGCCCGUUCAGGUUUCGGAUUCGUCACCCACUCCUGUGCCAGUGAACGGCCCGACCUCGCAGCACGGUGUUCUUGGGACACGGGAUCCUUUACAGAAUCUGCGCAACAUUGCAGCUCCGAGUCCGGGCCCCAUCGCAUCACCUGCGGCCGGGGGCGGGGUGUGGGAUUCGCUAGGUAUGGGCGCAGGUGCACGCGUGAGGGGCACUUACAGGCAGCAGGUGGUGAGCUCGUAUUACAACGACCCGCUGGAGCACGCAUGGCACCUGCAGAUCAUGCGAUUCAUUGUCGAGAGCGGCAUGCCGUUCAACUGCAUGAAGCUUGAGAGCUUCAAACGCAUGUUCACGUUGAUCAUCCCGCCUGGGGUUCCAGGAGUCCCCACCCCAAAACCCCCAACGUAUCAAAUGAUCCGUACCACACUUUUGGAUGAGCUUGAUGUGGAAGUCCAAAAGUGUGUGAAACCUGUCCUCGCUACUGCUGCUACCUACGGUUGCACGAUUAUGACAGACGGUUGGACCAACAUUCGAGGCCAAACGUUGUGCAACUAUCUCGUCGGCACUACACGGGGCGCCACAUACGUCGCGACAGAUGUCAUGCGAGGAAAGAAGGAUGCUACUACUCUGGCGCAGGCUUGGCUGCGAAGGUUGAAGUCCCUUGACAUCAAGCUCGCUAACAUCACCGCUUUCGUCACAGACUCUGCCAGUUCGAACGUUUCUGCGAUGGAGGUGUUCCAGAAGGAUGAGAGUGUCAAGCACAUCUUCUGGAUUCCUUGUGUAGUGCAUGUCAUGGACCUCAUCCUUGAGGACAUCGGCGACACUAACUGGGUGGCGACCCGCAUUGCUCAGGCGUGUUUGGUCACAAAGUUUUUCAAGCGUCAUAGCCACGCUCGCGAAGUUUUGCAAGCUUUCACGACGAAGGCUCUGCUGCUUCCCGCCGAGACUCGCUUCGGUACGCAUGUGAUUAUGAUGCGACGACUUUUUCUGCUGCAAUCGCAUCUUAUGCAGGUGGUCGUUGAUGAUCGAUGGAAGGACACUGUUUGGUCAACGAAAAAGAUUCAAGACGACGACGCGGAGGUCACAGCAUGUGUCGGUUGUCCUCAGUGCGACACGACGCAGAUUGUCAAGAUUUUGCGUCGAUACGACGAGAUGAUUGUGCGUUGUUUGUUUGCAUGUGCCGCUUUGGAGAAGGACGAGCAGGAUGCGCUGCUUGAAGUGUUUGACAGACGCCGCACCAUGUUCAAGUCGCCUGCUCAUGUUGCUGCCAAGAUGUUGGACCCCGAGUUUCGAGACCGCACGAUGCCAGACGACGAGGAGAAACAGCACGGUUUGAAACUCGCUCUGAUUCAGUUUGGGUACCUGGAACAUUCGGAUCAGCACAACGAGGUCCUCACUGCCAUUGACAAGUUCCAUUCCAGGGAGCCGCCGUUCGACGACGUGGCCAUGGACCGGGCGGNCGAGGUCCUCACUGCCAUUGACAAGUUCCAUUCCAGGGAGCCGCCGUUCGACGACGUGGCCAUGGACCGGGCGGCGAUGAGCUAUACCCAUCCAACCUAUUUCUGGGAGUCGAAGGAGAAGAGGUUCCCGCACACGGUCUUCUUCGCUGGCAGGAUACUGCGUGUGUGGGCGACUGCAUCGCCUUGCGAGAGAGCUUCGUCCCGUUGGAGUUUCAUCCACUCCAAAUCUCGUAACAGAUUGGAGGUGGUGCGGACCGAGAAGCUUGUGCGAUGCCAUUGGAACCUUCGGCUCCUCGACAGGCAGGCUAUGUCGGACGAUGCUCCCAAUGACAGGCCACAUCCAUAUGGGAGCUGGGUGCACUACUGGCAGCAGGUGGAGGAGGAGGUGCCCACCGACCAGCAGCUUGUGGCAGACCGAGGAGCCCGUGUGACGGUCACGAAGGAGGAGUUGAUGCAGGCGAGAGAGAGGAUGCGCGUUGUGUCCCGCAUGAGAGCCACUCGUCGCUUGCGGGAGUCUGACAGGAGGAGGUGUCGUGGCGGCGGUCGCAGAGGUGGUCUUCGGGACGGUCGUGGGCGAGGCGGGCGUGGAGGUCCUAGCGGGAGGCGUAGUGUUGCGAGUCGUGGAAGGGCAGCGAACGAGCUAGUACGCAAGCCUCGACAGCGAUGGGAUGAGGGAGACUUUUUGUACGAAAGCUCGUCCAGCGAUGACGAGGAUUUCUUCGGGACUGGCAGGCCUGCACAGGAUGGCGACAGCGAUUUCGACGACCGUGGGUUUGGCGUGGACGACGACGAUGGCGCCAGUGGCGAUGAUUACGGUGACGGAGGAGACACGCCACGACCUUCACAUGGUGACACGAUGCGCGACGACGGGGCAGGGGGCGAGCACCGCACAACAGUAGAUGACGCUCGGGAUGGAGUGGAUGAUGAUGCUCGAGAUGGAGUGGAUGAUGGUUCACGACCUGUCCCGGGCGGUGACCUGAGGCGCUUGAAACGCGAACCAAGGGAAAAAGACACUAUCGCUUCACGUGUGCCCAAACGUCAUGGUGGGGUUGAUAGCGUUCCACUACCACGAGUCCCCGUAACAAAGCACAUUCCAGUUUCUGAUGACUCUUUCAGCGAUCACGGCGGCGAGGAGCGGAUCGAGCUGCAUGGCGGRAGCGGUCAUCCACGAGGUGACACUUUGAGUAUGCACGCGACAACUCCGAUGGGGUCUUCCGCAGCAGUCCCAGAAUCGCAACAGGGUCCAGCACCGUUGAUGCGUCAUCCCGAGGUUCACGGAGAGAUCGGUCCUCUCCCGGCAGUGCGGGAUGAGGGUUCUGCCGGUGCACUGCAUCCACUCACGUCUGCCGGAGCGGCAGUCUCAGUUGCAGCGACCUCGGAUGUGGGACUGCCACUGGCAGCGGCGGAGCAAGAAAGUCUGCUCCCACCUCGCAGUGUUCAACCCAAUGUAUGCAGGGAGGGGGUUCAUAUGCAGCGAUCAGGCACGCACGGAGGCGAUGUAGUCAACACUGCACCGCGGCCACCGCCUGCAUUGAUGGAGGGGAGUCAGGGAACCGUUGAUGUGUUUCUAGGCGACGAUCUCCCGGAACGUGAGAUCUCACACACUCCCGCAGCCGAGCAGAGCGCCGCAGGCCAUGUCAGCCUCGCAUGCCCCACCGGCAGUCUUCCGGGUACUGGCGAGUUACCGGCCAUGGAGUCCGCGCUCGUUUCUCUACCGGACUUGUCGACGUUGAUAUCCCCAGGUCUACCCCAUGUGUCACCGCCCAAGCCACAACARCCUGUCGUCAUGGAGCGUGGAUUGGACGGGUUUGACGUGGCAGGAGGCGAUGUCGCCGAUAUGAUUACGAGCCCAAUGGUGUCUGCCACGCCCACGAUUUUUCGUGUUGGCAAACCACGCGAGGUGGCCCUUGGUUUGGCGGAGAUGGCGACGCGACACCACCGCGACGAUGCGGGCGUCCCCGUCGCGAACACUUUGGACGCGACAGAACAGCCUGUGGUUGGGUCAUCGCCGACAGCACGGCGCGACAGAGCUACUGUUUUGCCGACAGUGGCAUUCUAUGCCAGCGGGAAGAGUACUGGGGGGAUGGAUAAGCAGGGACUCCGGAAUGUUGGCAGGCCAUCUGCACCGUCUAUGGGGACACGAUCCAUUGGGAGUGUGGAUGGUGCUCGGCACACCGCCAUGGCAGAGUUUGAGGACCGACACGGGAGUGCUUUGCCGACGAAGACGUCUGAUGUCCAUGCUACGAGAGCCGCRAAGGCGAGUCUUUCUCGGGCAAGGAAGAAGGCCUCGGCAAGGAAGGCGUCACGUUCAUCCUCACAUAUGCGUUCUCGAGAGAGAGGAUCGGGCGUUGUGCAUCUCGAGGACRGAGAGAUUGCACCUGACGGCGACGCAUUGGAUGUUGGAGGGAGGGAUGCAACGACGGCGGAUAUUGUCGGYAGGGAGGGCACAGGGRAUGCAGUGGCAGGUCAGAAGAGACACGGCAGUGUACUUAUCGUCCACGACGACAGCACGGAUGUCGCCCCGGGAGAGACCACAGGCACUAAUGUUGCAGGGGACUCCGAUUACAUACCCAGAUUGCGGGCGGCGGAUGGAGAUGAUGGAGGACGGCGACGAGUGAGACCGAGGACACGACUCCGACCGCAAGGGCAGCGAGCACAGGGCACACCACCGGCAAUGAUUCCUGCCCCCAUAGAUCGGCGAGCUCAGUGGGGAUAUUUCCGGUUGUAAAAUGUAGAUCUAUUUCCGAGGUGUGUGGAGUUACUGUAGUAGAAUGGCUAAUGAAAGAGAAAAGGUCACCGAUAAUUUCGAUAAAGCUACAAAACAAAAAAUUAAUAAAAUAAAAAUCCAAACCAUGUGGAGUACAAAUUGUACAAUGGCUAAUGAAAGACAAAAGGUAACCGACAAAGCAUAAAAAAAAAUAAUUAUAAUAAAAUUUACAAACGCUC